AUGAAGAAUAGAAGAGAUAGAAAAGAGAAAAGGGACCGACUCAGUGACUUACCGGACCAUGUCUUGCUUCAUAUGAUGAAACUCAUCAACACAAAACAAGCUGUGCAAACUUGUAUAUUGUCUUCAAGAUGGAAGGAUCUUUGGCGACGUCUCACAAAUCUUGCAUUGAAUUUCUCCGACUUUUCCCGUGGUACACCCCAUUUCACCUCGUUUGUGUCUUCGAUUCUGUAUCAUCGAGAUGAUUCAGUUUCUAUGCAUGAUAUUGAUUUGAGGCGAAAAGGUUGCAUUCGACCUGAACUCGUUGAUAAGAUCAUGACAUAUGCUAACUCACAUGAUGUCCAUAGUUUAAGACUUGGAGUUGAUUUGAGUUUUAGUCGUGGUUAUUCGUUGCACAUUUGCAUAUUUUCUUGCCAAUCUUUGACAAAUCUUAAGCUUUCCGUUAGGGCUGUCCCUUGUAUGACACAACUUCCAUCUUCAUUGCAUUUACCAGCAUUACAAAGCUUGCAUCUUGUGUAUGUCACUUUUACUGCAAAUGAAAAUGGCGUUUCUGAUCCAUUUUCAAAUUGUCAUGCAUUGAACACUUUAGUCCUCGAAUGCUGUAAUCUACAUCGCGGAACAAGUUUACUUUGUGUAUCUAAUUCCAAUCUUUCUAGUUUAACAAUAGGAAGUACUAUUCAAGAAGUAGGUUACAAAAUUGUGCUUUCUACUCCAAACAUCAAUUCUAUCACACUCACGCGUGAUCUCAUUCACCAGAUUUCUGUAUGCAAUAUCUCUUUUCUUGAACAAGUCAAUAUUGAUGUCAAAGAAAAUGUUCAUAUGUUUUAUGAGAUUACUUAUUCAGGCUUAAUUAGUUGCCUCCAAGUGCUUGCUAACUAUGUUAAGAUAUUGAAGCUUUCUUGGAGUACCCUUAAGGUUCUACUUCGCUCUUCUGAUUCAACCAUAACUCAACUUCCUUACUUUGUUAGAUUGAAGUCAUUGAAAUUCAAAGUGAAUCCAUCAAAUAUAUUAGAUGAGAAUGUUAGAAGUCUUGUGGACUGCUUUAUUAAAAAAUGUCCACCGGCCAUAGUGUAUAUUGAUUUUCGUACAUGA